AAUUCUGAACCAUUAAAAAAAACAAAAAAAAAAAACCACAGUUUGAUUUGUAUGGUCCUAAUGUCACCGUCCUUGUCCAUCGCAACCACAGUCUCACCGGCUUCUCUUGCCGGAACUCUGGUCUCUAAUUCAAAGAAUGUUUUGUGUAGUCUACAUUGGAAGAACAAUGAUGCCACCAAGACGAAUAGGAAUCUCAAGUUUAGAGUUUGUUCUGUUUCUGGAGGGUAUAACACAUCUGUGGAGAAUGUACCUUUCCCUCGUGAUUACGUUGAGCUCAUUAGCCAAGCCAAAGAAGCAGUUGAAUUGGCUAUGAAGGAUGAGAAACAGUUAAUGGAAAUUGAGUUCCCAACAUCUGGCUUAGCAUCUGUGCCAGGUGAUGGUGAAGGAGCUACAGAAAUGACAGGAAGUAUAAAUAUGAUACGCGAGUUUUGUGACCGGCUAUUAGCUCCUGAAAAGGCUCGAACCACAAGAAUUUUCUUCCCGGAAGCAAACGAAGUCAAAUUUGCUCAGAACACCGUCUUUGGAGGAACUUACUUUAAGUUGGAUUAUCUAACAAAACCCUCUCUUUUUGAGGACUUUGGUUUCUUUGAGAGAGUAAAAAUGGCGGAUCGUGUGAAGCCAGAAGACGAACUGUUCCUUGUCGCAUACCCAUAUUUUAAUGUCAAUGAGAUGCUUGUAGUGGAAGAGCUCUACAAGGAAGCUGUUGUAAACACUGAACGAAAACUAAUCAUCUUCAAUGGAGAACUAGACCGCAUAAGAUCUGGCUACUAUCCAAAGUUCUUUUACCCGAAACUGGCUGCACUGACCAAGACCCUUCUUCCGAAGAUGGAGACAGUGUACUACAUCCACAACUUCAAGGGACAAAAAGGAGGUGUCCUUUUCAGAUGUUAUCCAGGUCCAUGGCAAGUCCUGAGGAGAACAAGGAACAAAUACAUAUGUGUUCAUCAGCAAGAAUCCAUGCCUUCUCUCAAGGAAGUUGCCUUAGACAUUCUUGCGUCGGCUUGAGAUUCUUGUACUGAAACCUCUUCAUAUAUCAAUCUAAUUCUGAGUACAUUGUAAACUUGAUAAACGUAGCCAUUCAUAGUUUAUAAGAAAUUUUCAUACCUUUAUAGCACGUCCGGUUGUUCAUGAACUUGAAUUUACAUAGUGGUUAGACAUUAGACUAUUAGUGUGAGAUUUGAAGUGUAAAGGAAACAUGUUUUUUACC